AUAAUUGACUAUUGACGCGUACAACUUGGACAUAAGGGAUCGCAGCCUGGGCUGCAUUUAUUGUCUCACUUGGUCUCGUAAAUAACCCUCAAACUAUUUUCUUCUUGUUGCUCCGAAUCAGAAUUACUAUCACCAUCCUUGCUCUGUUUCUCCCUGAAAUCAAUGCCAUACUCAGUUUGAGUGUUAGAGCAAGGAAUUUGGAUACUCAAGAUGGUAAAGCUAACGAUGAUUGCCCGAGUUACUGAUGGUCUUCCACUGGCAGAGGGGCUUGAUGAUGGCCGUGAUAUUAGAGAUGUUGAAUUCUACAAACAGCAAGUCAAAGCAUUGUUCAAAAACCUCUCAAGAGGCCACAAUGAGCCGUCAAGGAUGUCAGUUGAAACCGGACCUUACAUUUUUCACUAUAUAAUAGAAGGGCGUGUCUGUUACUUGACAAUGUGCGACCGUGCCUACCCAAAGAAACUUGCUUAUCAAUACCUUGAAGACCUCAAGAAUGAAUUUGAGCGUGUUAAUGGGGCGGGGCAAAUUGAAACUGCUGCCAGACCAUAUGCCUUCAUUAAGUUUGAUGCAUUCAUACAGAAAACAAAGAAAUUGUACCAGGACACUCAUACUCAGCGGAAUAUUUCAAAGUUGAAUGAUGAGCUCUAUGAAGUCCACCAAAUAAUGACUCGGAAUGUGCAGGAAGUCCUUGGCGUUGGUGAAAAGUUGGACCAGGUUAGUCAAAUGUCCAGUCGUUUAACAUCUGAAUCACGCAUAUAUGCUGAUAAGGCGAGGGAUCUAAAUCGACAGGCUUUAAUUCGGAAGUGGGCCCCAGUUGCCAUUGUUCUUGGAGUAGUGUUCCUCCUCUUCUGGCUUAAAAACAAGCUCUGGUGAUCAAAGCUGCCUUAUCCCUGUUUUGGAGGUCAUGAAGUUUUCAAUGGGAUAUUGAGAAAUGCCUGCUGGGUUUUACUUCUUCAGACUUGAGGACUUGAGGGUUCAGAUUUGGGUGCCUGAGGCUCAUGAAGGAUUGAUUGAUGGCUGAGUUUUUUCACUUGUUAUUGAGUUCAUAGAGGUACCCCUUUUUGUCAAUUUAAAUAGUAAACUGCUUUUGAACGAAAGAAAGAACCAAAAAAAAAGAUGUAAUCCUAUAAUAUUUUGAUACGAUAAAUACCAUUUAAUGCUAUUAGAAAUUUCAUUUUUGAUA